ACAACAAAAUUAAGAUCCCUUCUCACCCCUCUAAACCAAGUGCACUUGGUUGCUCCCAUUGUGUGUGAGAGAUGCCUCUGACACCAAAGGUCAACGACCCGCACUUAAUGUACACGACAAUUUUAGCUAAUCAUCUCCACCAGACCAUUAACAUGAUGGAGGGGACUGAUAUAGACCUCCACACUGAAUAACAAUGACGAUGACAUGAGGGGUUGCUAGGACGUCCGUAAUGCAGACCCCGGUACAGCACAGGCAGCUCCGCUCUGCCUCGCGAUCAAGAGCGGAGUCCGACAGGCUCGAUUCAGUCAGUUCUGAUGUCAGUAUUAUGGACACAGAUCUAGACAUGGACCCGUUUGCACAACACUUCUCAGCGCUCCAGGAGGCGGCACUGGUUCCUAUGAAGGAAGACUUGGCGGACUGGCUCAACAGGUUACUGGGUAUCAACGUCUCUGUGGACAACUUCAUGGAGGUGCUUGAAUCUGGUGUUGUGGUUUGCCAGCUUGCCAACUUCAUCCAACAGAAAGCCCAGCAGCAGGCAGCCACAGCGAGAGGUGGCGGAGACUCCGCCAUCCCCAAACCUGUCAGGUGUUUCAAGAACGCCAAGGCCGGUAGCUUCUUUGCUCGAGACAACGCCGCAAACUUCCUGACCUGGUGCCGCAACCUGGGCGUAUCGGACGCUUGUUUGUUCGAGUCGGAGGGGCUGGUGUUACAGAAACAGCCUAAGGAGGUUUGCCUGUGUUUGAUGGAGUUAGCCAGGUUGGCGAGUCAUAAGUAUGGGAUUGACCCGCCAGGUUUGAUACAGCUUGAGAAGGAGAUAGAGCAGGAAGAAGUGAAGGAGGUGGUGGUACCCAGGAAAGUGUCAGCACCAAGAUCACCCAAGAAGAGACAGAAGACAGCAGGGACAUUGGAUGAUGAAGUGCAGCGAAUAUCUGGCACCUGCCAGUGUCACCACACUCCCUUCAGUUUGGAGAGGCUCUCAGAGGGACGGUACCGCAUCGGCGACAAGAUCGUGUUCAUCCGCAUGCUGCGCGGUCGCCACGUGAUGGUGCGCGUGGGCGGGGGGUGGGACACGCUGCAGCACUACCUGAUGAAACACGACCCGUGCAAGAUGAUCAUCGUGGGACGGGACGGUACGCAGCUCGCCUCGGCGCCGGGAACUCAAGUACACACCAUGACUCCUGAUAAACUGAUACGUGACGGCUUCCUAUUCUGUAGGGCAAACUACAAAACACCCAGCAAGUAGUGCAGCUAGAAAGUCUGCUUGGAAUCUCUCACAAUUUUACCAAACAUGAUUGAAAACAUAAAAUGCUUCCUUAGGCCACACCAAUUUAAUUUCUUGGUUCACGGAUUUAUUCAUAAAAGAUAUGGAGCGAGAGG